AUGGACCUGCUGCCUGAUGUCUGGAGACAGGAUUUCUGGCUUCCUUCAGGUGUGACCUGGAUGGACAUGGACCAGCUGGCAGAUGCUGACCGGCCGCGACCCCUGGACCUCCUCAUAGCUCUGCCACUUGCACUGGGUUUUGUCGCACUACGUUACCUGUUUGACAGGUAUUUGGCCCCACCCAUGGGCAGAUGUUUGGGGGUAAAGAAAAGAUUACAAGUUACUCCAGCCCCCUCCCCAAAGCUGGAGUCGUUUUACACCCAGAGGAGCAGACAGCCUACACAGAGUGAAAUUGUAAGUUUGAUGUCACUGUGUGGUAAAACUCAAAGGCAGAUCGAGACCUGGUUCAGACUUCGUAGGAACCAAGACAGACCAUGUCAAACUAAGAAGUUUGGUGAGGCUGCUUGGAGGUUCUUUUUCUACCUCACAGCCUUCACUGCUGGUCUCGUCUGUUUGAUUGAUACGCCAUGGUUCUGGGACCGCAGGGAAUGUUGGAGGGGAUACCCAGUUCAGCCCAUGGAGACAACUCAUUACUGGUACUACAUGUUAGAGCUGGGCUUUUAUGGCUCUUUACUCCUCCGGAUCUCUGUGGACAUCAAGAGGAAGGAUUUUAAAGAACAGGUGAUUCAUCAUCUGGCCACCAUCUUCCUGCUCAGCUUCUCCUACUGUGUCAACUACAUUCGUAUUGGGACCUUGGUCAUGCUGCUCCAUGACUCCUCUGACAUCCUGCUGGAGUCAGCCAAGAUGUUUAACUACGGCUCUGGCUGGAGAAGAACGUGUGACACACUGUUUAUUGUGUUUGCUGUUGUCUUCCUUGUGACUCGACUGGUAGUUUUCCCCAGCAAAAUCAUCCAUACCACCCUGGUGCUGUCCAUGGAGGUGUUUGAACCUUUUGUUGGCUACUAUUUUUUCAAUGUCCUGCUGAUGGUGCUGCAGGCUCUUCACAUCUUCUGGGCUGGUUUGAUCUUACGCAUGGUCUACAAGUUCCUGAAAGGCAAGCUGGAAAAAGAUGAGCGCAGCGAUGAAGAGAGUGAGGACGUUGAGGAUGAAGAGGACAGUAAAGGAGAAGAAGUAAAUAAGGAUCAAGGAGGCGAUUACUGUUGGGAGAAAAGUAAAGACACCCUGAACUCAAAACUGUCUGUGCUGACCAACAGUUGUGUCCUAAAUAACUUAACCAACCACAGGGCGUCUAUAGCUGACAGAAUGCGGAAAGCUCAAUAAAGUCUACAGUAUUCUGAUAACAGGAAGUUGAACUAUCUUACUGUUUCAGUGAUGCCUUACACAUUGCAUGGAUGAUAUCUUUUACGCUCUCUACAGUUCCUGAAUCAGAUCAUAUUUCAUUUUUACUGAGAGCAAAGCUAAGCGAGUAAAGCUGCGAGAGUCUACUCAUUAGUCCUUGUAAAAUGCUCACACAGGAGAGGAGAAAUGUAAUCCAUUGAUCUCUGGGUUAUGGGUCCAGCAUGCUUCCAAUGCACAACUCUUCUAGUCACCCCUGAAGGGACUUGAACCCACAACCUCUGGCUUGCGGGGCCAGUGAAACUGGGGCUGGUGAAUAUAAACUGAGGCCUUAGUAUAAAAUUAGCAACACUGACAUUUUAGAUAGAUAGAUAGAUUGACUCUUUAUUAUCAUUGUAUACAAGGACACAACGUUUAUGGGUUGAGGAGUUUGUCCACAGCUCUGGGAUAGAAGCUGUUUUUCAGUCUGUUUGUCCGUGUGCGAAUGGUCCUGAGUCUGCCUGAGGGAACAUGCAGUGUACAGGGUGAGAUGUGUCGUUCCGGAUGUUUGAGGCUCGCUUGUGGAGACGGCGCGAGUGGGUGUCUCUGAGGGAUGGGAGAAGGGAGCCAACAAUCCACUGAGCUGUUUUGACGAUCCGCUGAAGAUCCUUCUUUUCUGCUUUGAUAUUUUUAAGGUCACAAUUUUAUGGAGGUGGACAGUAGUCUGUGUAUGAAGUGAAAUUAUGGAAUCUUAAAAGCAUCUAGUGCCUUGUUUGAAAAACAAUAUAAAAACAAAUAUAUAUGUGUAGAUACAAUUGUUGGAUAGGUGAUUAGGUGAUGACAGGUAAUUUCCUAUUGUAAAAUAAUGCAGUUAUGUUAAAUAAGUUAUUUUAUAUACGACGGAGGAUUAGGGCCACGUUUUUUUUUUUUUUUUAAUUUCGAGAUUAAACUCCUAAAUUUUGGAGAAUAAAGCCGUAAAUUUACGAGAAUAAAGUUGUAAAUUUACUAGAUUAAACUCCUAAAUUUACAAGUUUAAAGUCAUAAAUUAAGGAGUUAGAGACCAGCCUGCGCAAAAUGAUGAAAGUGGAACUCUUGAAAGUAUUUUCCUCUGCAAACAACUUCCUCCAAGUCAGAUGUGUGGUCUUGCAAGACCUGGUUUAUUCUUAUUACGACUUUAUUCUCGUAAAUUUACGACUUUAAUCUCGAAUUUUAUUUAUUUUUAUUUUUAUUUUUUUUAACGUGGC